AUGCGGGAUGCUGCCCACCAAGGAGAGAGUGAGGAGGAUGCAGACUCAACACACGCGUCUGCUGAUGCUGCCAGGCUUCAUGCUGUUGCUCGGCGCAUUCAGCUAAGAGAACAUGCCAGUAGGCAGCAGCAACUUCAGCUCCACAAGCAGCUGCAACAGCAACAGCAGCUACUGCAACAGCAGCAGCAGCAACUGCACCAGCAGGAUGCGUUGCUGCGGCAUCAAGAACAAUUGCUGAGGCAGCAAGAACAACAGCUUGCCAGCCGGGAGACUGAGGCGGGGUUACUGUUGCGUCAGGUGAGCUUGCUUCAGCAGCAGCUCGAAGAGAGGGCGGAUCGCUUGGCAGCAGCAGAAGGCAACUACCUCGAUGCCACUGCCUCCCUGCAGCAACUACAGCACCGCGUAGCGUUGGGUGAUGAGGCAAGAUUACUGGUCGAGGAAGUGCGGCAGCAACAACAUCAGGACACCCAACAUCUUUAUGCAGAGGUUCGUCGUCUCCGGCGUCAGCUCUCUCAUCGUAUGCAAAUAUCCGUAUCGUGUGAAGAGAAGGAAAGAGGAGGAAUGAGCUCUCGAGAGGCGGACGUGGAAAAUGACAGUGUUCAUAGAAGUGUCUGUAGUGAACCGCCUACUCAGCAGAUGGCGACAGGUGGGUUGCAAGCGCAGCCCCCAAGUGGAGGGCUGUCGCUGCCCCCGAAAAGGACUGACGGGCGCUCGUUGGAAGCAUACAAUGCAGCCGGAAUUUGGUGCUGUGUGGAGGCAGCUGAGGCUGCUUCAUGCACUGCAUGGGGUUGCAGUGCUAGCUGCUGCUGCAGCAAUGAUGACCAGCACGAGGCGGUUGUUGGCGAGCUUAAGGCUGCGCUGCACAGUUGCCGGUGCGCUAUGGAAGGCAGAAUAUCAAGGGAACCAGCACCUUCGUCAACAGUGGCAACAGGCGCUGUUGCACUGGCAGUGCGGGAAGCUCUCCAUCGCUGCCCAGCGGCAGGGGCUGACCCUGAAAUCGUAGGCAUGCUGCUGGAAAGGCUGAGAGCCGAAAGCAUGCAAAUUCGGGUGUAUUCGCAGCAGCGACGCGCUGCGUCGUCUAGCAUAACGGCGAGCAACACUGAAUUGCAGCUGCAGCAUCACGGCGGACUUGCGUCAAUAGAUGAAUCGAUGGAGCGUGAAGCUUACGAGGUGUUGGGCACAGCAUUGUCUGACGAAGUGUUGCUGCCUCUUUUAGCCGUUCAGAACAUCUCCACGCUGCUGCGACUCAAGCAGCAAGGCGUCUUGCUUGCUAAUGCACGCUGGCUGCAACUCCUCAAAGACACAGUCGGCAGCAAGUUUCUAGAAGGCAGCUGCUGCCACUCCAGCGGCGACGGCAGUAGCGGGGCUGGCUUGGUGCAGGGGGACAAACAUUGUGGAGCAAGCUCGUUAUACAGACAGCAUCGUAACGAAGCCGCCCUUGCUCUUUACACCGAGGCACUGAAGCUGCAGCAGCGGCUGCUGGAGAAGCAGCAGCAGCUAGAUGAAGUCACCGGCGCAGUCAGCUCGUCUAAUCUUUCGCUCAUGGAAAACACAGCAAAGCUUGCAUUCAACAAAGGUCGAAGUGCUCUCCGGCUUGGCCGUUGGAUUUGCAGCCUUCAGAGCUGCUCCCUCUGUCUAAGUAUGACUCCAAACUACAAAGCUGCCUACGAAACUGCUGCUGAGGCGUGCGAAUGGCUGCUGGACUUCGAGGGGGCACUCAACUACAUGCAGCUGAUGCGGCAGCACUGCCCAGAUUCGUUCGCCGCUGAGCACUACCAGAAGCGACAACUGUACGAAGCCCAACUGCAAGCAUCGAGCUUCCAAGUGCUGGGGAUUGAAAGGGGUGCUCCCAAAGCCGCAGUAAACCGCGCAUUUCGCCGGAUGAGUAUUCUAUGGCAUCCAGACAAGGCCUCUGCCCUCUCUGAAGACCUGCGUCUCAGACACGAAAACCACUUUAAACGGCUGAAUGAAGCGCGCAUCGCGUUAUUGGACGCUAAGUCCUAUGCGAGACAGCUGCUCUUGCCUAUUCAGCCACUGUACAGGCACCCAGAGCUACUUGUCGUUGCGAAACCAGUGCAGCAGUCAACGCCGUCUCCGACGCUCGUGCAGCCAGAACAACUCACAGCAGAGCAGCAGCAGCAUGACACGCAACAGCAAAGUGACCAGCGAAAAGGGCAGGAAAGCCAGCAGUGUGAACCGGAUGAGGCGGGACCCCGGCUUGAAAAGUUGCAGCAACAGAGACAGCAGUUGCUGCGCUCCAUCGGAAGCCUUCAAAGGCAGCAGCACGAGUUGCAACGCGAACUCGAGGAGCACCGAGUAGCCGGUGAACACCAGUCUGGUUCCAGCAGUACUAGUAAUUCCUUGCGUUGGCAUGAGCUACAGAAGUUGCAACAACAACAGCAAAAUAAGCAGAAGAGGCUGAUCGAGUGUGAGACUGAAAUUGGUCAGUGGCUCCACAGAAGGGAGAAAGAGCACCAAGAGGUCCAGCAGCACCAGCUGAGCCAGAAGCCGCAGCAGCAGACGCAAGCUCAGCCGCAGAAUCAACAACAGCAAGGGGAACCCAACUUGACCGAAACACAGAAGGUCGAAAGGAGUGCAAGUGAAAACCAAGGGAGCACCUCAAUCCCUUCCCGCCACUGCGACUGGCAACAAUCUCAACAACCCGUUCUUGGGAAUUGUGAAGAAGAUGCACCCAACGUUACCCCUGCCUGUAAGACGGCUCCUCACAAGUCCAUGGACUGCUUAUCCCCGUCAGUAGCGGCGGCAGCAGACCUGGUGAAUGAAGCUGCAGCAGCUGCCUUGUCAGGGAGGGAGCAAGCGAAGCCUGAGGGUGACAGCCCUUCUUGGGACUCUGCCACUUCCAGUGAAAGUGAUACGGACGCAGCGAAAGGAUAUACUGUUUUUGAAGAGUACGAGCACACCGGCGGCAACAGCAGCUCAGGCUUUCCGACGGCAACAACUGCUGUGCCAACACCUCCCCCACUCAGAAGAGAAGCCAGCUCUUCGACGCAACAGCGCCGCAGUUCGUCGGAAAUACCCCCGUCGAGGACGUCGUCAAGAGAAAGGACCAAAACACCAAACGCGGGGCGAGCAAGGGAAUAUUCCUGCGUCAGUGCGUCUCGCCUUGCGGGCCGCUAUGGCUCGAGAGCUUCGUCCGCGGGGCCUCAAAUACGAACAGGGGAGGCAGCAAGAACGGCAACGGCUGCAACGCCUGCGGCUACUGCACGGAGGAGCCUUACGACUUGUAUUAAUAGUCUGUACUCUACAGUGCCUCCGCGCGCUGCCGGUGCUGCGGCAGUCAGAAAAGCUAACCAGCCUAAACGGAGUACGGCGUACUGGGAAGAAACUGACAGCAGCAGCAAGAGUAGCACCAGUGACAGCAGCAGUUGCAGCCGCAGUAGUAGUGACAGCAAUGGCGACGGUGGCAGGGAAACUAUUGACAGGGGCCCGGAAAAACAGUGGACCGAAGCUAAUCUUUUCGGAAGGAACAAAUUUGCUGCUGGAGCUACGGGUGGUGCUGCUUCCAAUAUUGCAGCAGCGGCUGCGCCAGCUGCCAAUGGGAGCUCGGGUAAGGCUGCCGUGCAACCGCGACAGCAACAGCCGCCCUCGCCGCCUCCCCGACGAGUAGCAGCAACGCAAGGUGUACGGAAAGAUGGCAGCAGAAGUAGCAGCGCCGGAAGCGGUGGCUGCAAGACGAGGGUUGCAUCAGGCCGCAGACGCUUUGUUCGCACAAGGGGGUAUCUGCAGCAACAUCACGGUGCGUCCCAGCAGCAGCGAAACGAGGAGCAGAAGCGUCAGGAACAGCCGCAACGACGGCAGCAACUCUGGAGGGGGACACUUAGCGGGAGCGAAACUACAGGCAGCAUCCCAACGGAACAAGCUGGUGCAACUGCAGCAGGCGGGCCUUCGUCAGAAGCUACUCCGCAGACAGCGACAGCGGCUGCAGCUGCGUGGCUCUUGCCUCCUGACUUCCCGGAGCCGUUUGGUGCCCAGGGGCGCCAGUUGCAACCGCGAUCAGACAACUUUGACUCUGCUUCGGUGCACCCUCAGCAGCAGCAAGAGCAACGGCGGAAGCUGCACUGUGAUUAUCCAGACACAGACAGCUUGCUCCAUGCAGCUGGGCAGGAGCAAAAGGAAGACACGCAAUCUCCAACCCACGUGGACUCUCCUGCGCUAUUUUCUCAGUCCUUGGAUGGCCAUCGAAUGCGGCAGCAGCGACUACAGCAGGGCCUGCAGCAGCAACACGUGUUGCACCGCGAGCUGCAGAAGCACAGAGAGAUGCAAGCGGCAGCAGAGGCAGACAAACGCCAACUAUUGUUUCCAGAUGAAGAUUUGCCCACAUUUCCGGCCAAUGCAGAAGCAACAGACACAGGCAAAUCCGCAGUCUCCGGGCUGGCAGCUGCAAACACAGCGCGGUCUGUGCCAGCACCUCCAGGCGAGGAGUCGCCCGCUUCUCCUGAUGGGCGGUGGGUCAAGUCUGAGAAGGUUCCGGAUCAUUAUCCCGAUAAUGUUCAACCGCAGAGAAGCCAGCGCUGGCCAGUGCCACACCAUAGCAGGAGCGCUGUGCCCCAGGAAGAUAGUCAUCCAACACGUAGCUCCCUGCACCUCCGCCGAGAUGAAGAAUCGGCAACUCUUGCAGAAGGUACUCCCACGGACACUUCCGGAGACGGCCAAGGGAUAGGUGCCCCAGAAAUGCAGCAAGCCAGUAGUGCCAGCGGAGCUGCCAGCGCCGGAGAGAGCUGCGGCAGCAGCGCUAGCAAUUACAGUGCUGAACAAACCGACAGGAGAGAAAGCACGAGCGGCCGCAACAGCAGUAGCGACAGUGAACCUGAAGACCCAGCUGACCGUCUAGGGGCAUCCGGGCAAUGGAGGCCAGCAAUAUACAGUCGACAGAAACGGCAGCUCCACCAGAAGGAGCAAGAACACCUUUACCGCUCCGCGACGCAGGGCGCAUUUACCCAACCCGCACCCCCUGUAGCGGAUGGAGCCGGUUCCAGCCAUUGGGCACCUCAGCGGAGCUCCGUGCCUCCCAGCAGCAGUUGUGUAAAUGAAAGUGCCACACUUCGCAGGGGUACAGGAGCGGCGACAGCAACCCCAACGCGGUUAUUUCCUCAUUACGACCCUGCGGACGUGGAAGUGCAACGCCCAGCCCAAGGUGUCAGUUUUGCGGGAACUCACGAGGUACCAUGCAGCGUUCCUAGUGGUGCGACUGCUGCUGCCUUGUCUGAAGGUCAUUCGGCAAGCCCUAGUGACCCGCUUCGGCGGCUUUCGCCAAGAGGAGAUGCGUUCAGCGCGUUGGGAGGGAGUGGGGCACCUUUUCUGGGCGAUAGCCGCCAACUGGGAGAGGUGCCGCCGGCGGUGAGCAUGUGGCAGCACUUGCGCACUAGGGCUUCCUUGCCACAAACGAGAGAAAAUACUUUGUUGCAUUCGCCGAGCAGGUCUCAGCGAAUGUAA